AUCGUUCGAACAUUCACUAUUAUCCAAGUUCAGUUGCUAAGCUUACUCUAUCGAUCGUUCAAUUUUGAUUGCCAAUAUUGCUUAAGCCGACUUAAGUACAUAUCUAACCUCCAAUUCGGGCACUAUGCAUUUUGCAUGUCUUUGGAGUUGAUCUUGCUUACGAAAUAUAUCGCACUGUGCUGACACAACGAUCAAUACAGACAUACCUACCAGAAUGAAUUCCACUGGAUUUCAAUAGUGUUGUGAUACAAAGAAAAAAUAAUGACUAGGGAAAGUUAUUCAAGCCUGUUUAGGGGUACAUCCCCUCAACUAAUAGCUAUGCUAUUCGGAACUCUAAAUGCUCUCUCUGAUGGUAUGCACUUUGGAUGGUCAGCACCUACGGUACCGAAACUUCUGCGAGGAGAAGAAGAAAUAAAGAUUGCACAGAAGGAUGUGGUUUGGCUUGAAGUACUCUACAUGCUUUUUGGUCUGGUAGGCCUUCCUAUAACUAUCUAUUUGGCAGACAAAAUUGGAAGACAGAAGUCGGUUUUAGUAGCUUCAGCAACUAGCCUCGUAGGAUGGUCCUUAAUAGGAUUUGGGGACAAAAUCGUCUACCUCUUCAUAGCAAGAAGUUUAGUAGGCGCAGCAGCAGAUGUAGCCUUCGUCUGUUCACCAAUGUACGUUGCCGAAAUAGCUCACCAAAAAAUACGAGGAUUCCUUGCAGGAACCAUAUACGUAAUGGAACUGGGUGGCAUCCUUUUAGUUUACUGCAUAGCACCUUUUGUAUCUAUCAAAAUUCCUCCUAUGGUAGGAGCCUGCAUUGUUAUAACACAACUCAUAGUGUUUCCAUUCCUCCCUGAAUCACCCUACUACCAUUUGUACAAAGGCAACGAGGAGAAAGCUAAAAGAUCCUUGAGAAGACUCAGAGGAACAGAUGACGUCGAAGAUGAACUCAACGAAAUUUCCGCAGCUAUUAGAAGACAGAAAUCUGAAAGAGGUAGACCCCAAGACCUUGUCAUGGUAAAGAGCAACAGAAAAGCUUUGAUCAUCAUGACGAUCCUAAACGCUGCCCAGCACAUGGUGGGUUACACAGCUAUCUUGAUGAACCUUCACACGAUCCUAGAAGCUGCUGGAGCGAAUUACAUCGAUUCUAACUACGCCGCAUUGGUUUUUGCCGGAGUAAUGUUCUUCGCCUCUAUAGCUUCAAUCCUUUCAGUCGACAAGUUUGGAAGGAAAAUACUCAUGAACAUUUCUACCAUAUUCUCGGGUAUCUGUUUGAUCGUCAUUGCGAUCUACUAUAAUCUCAAGUACAACGAAGUGGAUGUUGAAGCUGUGACUUGGAUUCCUCUGGUUUUCAUAAUGAUUUUCGCAGCCUUCUUCAAAUUUGGCAUCGGUACAGUUCCUAUAGUCAUGACUGCAGAGCUUUUCCCAGCCAGAGUAAAGGCUUUGGGUAUGACGGUCUCAGAUGGUAUCUACGUCAUUUUUGCCAGUAUCUCUAUUUAUAUGUACCAGUAUCUCUACGAACAUUUCGGCUUGCACACAGCGUUUUACACGUUUGGUUGUUUCUCUUUCCUCACGUUUUUCGCUAGUUUAUUUUGGGUGCCAGAAACCAAAGGAAAAACGUUAGAAGAGAUUCAGAUCAUGCUAAAAGAUUGAUGUUUGAUCUGAGAUAAGUAGCAAAAAUCAACUGGAAAAUGUUGUGAUAUGUCUCAUAUUGAAGGCUUAGAAUAGUAUAGGAAAUACUUCCAGUAUUCAAUCGUUAAAUAAAUUUUUUUGUAGGAACAGGAAAGAGUCCAGACAUUAAUUUUAGAUCUUUUUGCCUAGCGAACUCUUUGAUGAAUAUUUUAUUAUAUAAUUUAAGCAUCGAAUAAACUCAAUUGAAUGGAUAUAUAUUCAAUGUCUCAUCAAUAUUUCGUGUUCAUAUUUUGUGAUUUCCUAUAUUUUUUAAAUAUUUUUGAAGUUCUGUGUUUGCUAAAAUAUGUAUAUUUUAUAAUAGUAUAAUGGCAGGAAUCUACAAAUUUGAAUAGUUUUAGUCUAGAUAUCGAUGUACAAACAAAGUGAAAUAAAGAUCAAAUUGUUUUUGUUUUCUAUA